UUUGUAUGGAUCUAUUAUUUGUUCAUUUGUUCAAAAAGAAAUCAAUGAUGCCUAAAAGUAAAAUAUAAUUUCAAAACAAUAAUUUUUCAAUAAUAUGGAUUUGGAAUUCAAUAAUAAUUUAAGUUAUAGAUUCUACCAAUAAGAUUUCUAAUUAACCAAACAGAAUUUCAAAGGAUUGAAAAAUCAACCAAGUUGAAGGGCCAAAAUAAACAAAAGAAAGUAAACUAACAAAAACUAGAAACUCAGUUAUAGAACACCAAAAUUUUGCCAUAAAAAAAACUAACACCAACAAAUGGGUGCAGGUAAGGCGCCCAUUUCCAAUCAACUCCUCCCUUCACAACCACCACCACCACCAACUCCAAACGCAAGAGCAACCAGUGCUAAAUUUGCGAGUGCUUCAACUAUACAACUGAACUUAAACUCUUGUUGGGCACUAGCAGAAAGCUUUGACCCAGUAAGCCAAGCUGAGAAAGAAGCCAGUGCUGCCAUAUCUAGGAGAGUAACAGAAGCUGUAGAGUUGUUGGAGAAGGGAGGGAAUUGCAGGCUCAAGGUGACUUCAAUGAAGCACUGCUCUACUUCACUAAGAUGGUUGAAAAUUACAAAGAUUUUGCGUUCUCAGAAUAUGGAAGGUUUGGGAGAGCAUUGUCUCUUUACGAGGUUGGGGACAGAGAAGAAGCAAUUGCAGAAAUGGAAGAUAUCUCAAUAUCUUUGAAGGGAUAUCCAGAAAUACAUGCAGCUCUUGCAGCAGCCUUAUAUGCGGACAAGCAUGCCAAAGAAACUAAGCAUUGGCCUCCAAGUUUGGUCAGUUCUUUGCAGCAGUUCAUCACACUUUCAUAAAUAUCAAAGUUAUAUACAAAUAUGAUAUCAUCGUAUCACUCUUCGCUCCUGUUUGGUAUUGCAUUUCAAACAGGGAUUGGAUAAAAUUAGAAUUUUUUUUAUUAAAUUUUUUUUUUUUAUGUUUUUGAAUUUUAUUUUGAAGUAUUUUCGAGUAAACAACACUUUGAAAAACAACCAUUACUACACUUCCAAACACCAUCUUCAUCCAUGAUCCAUCCAUGAAUUUGCUAGUUCAUAAUUAAAUAUGUAAUGCUAAGACAACUAUUGUUUUGUCUCUCAAAGUAGCAAAAGUAGGACUCAAAUCCGAGUUCUAUCCCCCUA